AUGAUGAUGCGCUUCGUUCUCACCCUCUCGUUGCUUUUGGCUCAGGCCCAAGCAAUCACUUUCACGAUGACGUCGGGUACCGGUCUCUUCGUGGGCCCCGACGGCACCGGAUCUUCGUUCGACGUCUCGAGCUCUCCUUCGCCCCCGGCGUUGUUACCAGCAUCAGCAUGACGUCGGGCAGUGCGGCGGGCGUGGGCAAGUCGCAGCUCUCGACCUUUUCUUUUGAGAAGAAUUUCGACGCCUCGUCUUCCCCUUGUACCGCGCCAUAUUGAGUGGCAGGUCGUUGGGACUGUGAGGAUCUAUUAUAGAACCUUGCUUGUAAAUCUUUCCAAUGACGACGCACAUAGCUGCCGGAGCUGCCGCAGAAGCUUGACACAGAGUCCGAUUGGGACUUAGAGUCGACGCAUUGUUUUUUUUAUUUUACUGGGGCUCAUAAAUUGCAAUCCUUCGGGUUGGCUGGGACCGCUACAAAAAGAGCUAAAAGAGGUUAUAAAGCAACGACGGCAAGCAAUUGGGUGAAAGUCAAACCCCUGCGCGCAAAGAGCGCUGCGCAGAUCAAAACCCGCCGAGCACCUAACGCGGACUCCAACGGGCGGUGA